UCUCCCCUGCCCUUCACCUUCACUCACCAUAUUCAUUUGUUCUUCUAAGGAUUAAAGGCCAUUCAUUGUAUAUUAUAUUUUGUUCACAGCUUCCUGACUCACUCAGUGGCAGGCAUGCUAAGUUCCCUUUAUACUGCAGAAGAACACAUCUUUUUUUUCCCCACUUGGUCUCUGACACAGGAUUUUUUGGUGAAUGAGAUUCUAGCAUGGAAAGAAGGAACUGUGUUUCUUUUCUAGUUUUGAAUAGUGAACAAGGAAGAACAACAUCAUCCAUUAUUUGAAAACUGUUAAAUAGUUUCAAACACCAUCUUUACCUGUUUCUGGUUCUUGGAAACUCCAAUCAAUGAGGAUGCCAAGAGGAGUUUCUGUUCUUUGUUUUGCAAUUUUCUUGGUUUGGAGCUCUGCAAGUGCCUUGCUAUCUCCUAAAGGAGUGAACUUUGAAGUGCAAGCUUUAAUGGGUAUAAAGGAACUUCUACAUGAUCCUCGUGGUGUUCUAGAUAAUUGGGAUGGGGAUGCAGUUGAUCCAUGUAGCUGGGCCAUGGUAACAUGUUCAAGUGACAACCUGGUCAUUAGCCUGGGCACUCCCAGUCAAAAUUUGUCUGGUACUCUAUCUGCAACCAUAGGCAACUUAACCAAUCUUCAGACUGUGUUGCUACAGAAUAACAACAUAAGUGGACCAAUCCCUUCAGCGCUAGGAAAACUUCCCAAGCUUCAAACACUUGAUCUCUCUAAUAAUUCCUUCAGUGGGGAAGUUCCUCCCUCACUGGGUCACCUGAGAAGCCUCCAAUACCUGAGGCUCAAUAAUAACAGUCUUGUUGGUGAAUGCCCAGAAUCACUGGCUAACAUGACUCAGCUUUCUUUUCUAGAUUUGUCCUACAACAAUCUUAGUGGCCCAGUACCCAGAAUUUUGGCCAAAUCAUUCAGCAUUCUUGGCAACCCCCUUGUUUGUGCUACUGGAAAAGAACCAAAUUGCCAUGGGAUCACACUGAUGCCCAUGUCCAUGAAUUUAAACAAUACUGAAGAUGCUUUGCCAUCAGGCAAACCGAAAACUCAUAAGAUGGCCAUUGCCUUUGGCUUGAGUCUGGGAUGCCUCUGCCUUAUACUUCUUGGUUUUGGAGCUUUUCUUUGGUGGAGGCACAAGCAUAACCAACAAGCAUUCUUUGAUGUUAAAGACCGGCAUCAUGAAGAAGUCUACCUUGGAAACUUGAAGAGGUUCCCAUUCAGAGAACUCCAGAUUGCUACUCACAACUUCAGCAACAAGAAUAUACUGGGAAAAGGUGGUUUUGGAAAUGUGUACAAAGGAGUUCUCUCAGAUGGAACUCUUGUAGCUGUCAAGAGGCUUAAAGAUGGCAAUGCCAUUGGAGGAGAGAUUCAGUUUCAGACUGAAGUUGAAAUGAUCAGCCUGGCAGUGCACAGAAACCUCCUCAAACUGUAUGGAUUUUGCAUGACACCAACAGAAAGGCUUCUAGUUUACCCCUACAUGUCUAAUGGCAGUGUUGCUUUGCGUCUGAAGGGUAAGCCAGUCUUGGAUUGGGGCACAAGGAAACAUAUUGCUUUAGGAGCUGCAAGGGGGCUACUCUACCUUCAUGAGCAGUGUGAUCCAAAGAUAAUCCACAGGGAUGUCAAAGCUGCUAAUAUUUUGCUUGAUGACUAUUGUGAAGCUGUAGUUGGAGAUUUUGGGCUAGCAAAGCUUUUGGAUCACCAAGACUCUCAUGUCACAACUGCAGUGAGGGGCACUGUGGGUCAUAUUGCCCCAGAGUAUUUAUCCACUGGUCAAUCCUCUGAGAAGACCGAUGUCUUUGGAUUUGGCAUUCUCCUUCUUGAGUUAAUCACAGGCCAAAGAGCUCUGGAAUUUGGAAAAGCAGCUAACCAGAAAGGAGCCAUGCUUGAUUGGGUAAAGAAAAUUCAUCUAGAAAAGAAGCUUGAGUUGCUGGUAGACAAGGAUCUCAAGAGCAACUAUGACCAGAUUGAGCUUGAGGAAAUGGUUCAAGUGGCUCUCUUGUGCACUCAAUACCUCCCAGGCCACAGGCCAAAAAUGUCUGAAGUGGUUCGCAUGCUCGAAGGUGAUGGUUUAGCGGAGAGAUGGGAAGCUUCUCAGAGAGCUGACACUAGCAAGUGCAGACCCCAUGAGUCCUCUUCAUCAGAUAGGUACUCUGAUCUCACUGAUGACUCGCUUUUGUUAGUCCAAGCCAUGGAGCUCUCGGGACCCAGAUGAACUGUCUAGUCAUUUUUUUGGUUUUGUUUCAAAGUUUUCUAAAGAAAGCACAUGAAAUUGAAGAGCAUAUGAUAGUUGAGUCUAUUUCCAAACCCCUUUAAGAUUAUAGGGUGUGUUUGGAUUUGAAUUGACAUCAACUUGAAAGCACGUUCAUGCCAACGGAAGCAAAGGGUUCAUUUUACAUUUGCUCUACUGGAAUUUUUAGUCGAAGUUGUCUGUGAAUUGUAAACCAAACACACACUAUAUGUUGUAUGAUAGAGGUGUCUCAAGGAUGAAAAUGGUUUUUGAUGAUGUUUACUACCAAAUGUACAGAAUCUGAUUCGUUGAGUGUUAGUUUGUAGUGCAAAUUUUUGUAAUCUUAAAUCAAUGUGGCCUAGCCUGUAUUGGUUUUGCAGUGUAACAUCCUGUGCUUAUAUGAACAAUGAUCACAACUUCUCUUUGUUUUCC